UUCUGCCAUUAGUCACCAAACAGUCAUACGUCAAUAUAAAAUUGUCAAAAAAUUUGAAAAUUCAUUUGAAGCGAAACUGGUUUCUGUAUUUGGGCAUCGAUAAAACACCCAGAAUGUCUUAUAUGUUGUCGCAUUUACAUAAUGGAUGGCAGGUAGACCAGGCCAUAUUAUCUGAAGAGGAUAGAGUUGUGGUCAUCCGAUUUGGACACGACUGGGAUCCAUCUUGCAUGAAAAUGGAUGAGGUACUCUAUAAUAUUGCCGAGAAAGUGAAAAAUUUUGCUAUAGUGUAUCUGGUUGAUAUCAGCGAAGUUCCUGAUUUUAAUAAAAUGUACGAAUUGUAUGAUCCAUGCACAGUUAUGUUUUUCUUCAGAAAUAAACAUGUCAUGAUCGAUUUGGGCACUGGAAACAAUAAUAAAAUCAACUGGCCCUUGGAAGACAAACAAGAAAUGAUAGAUAUUCUAGAAACGGUCUACAGGGGAGCAAGAAAAGGUCGAGGUUUGGUAGUUUCCCCAAAAGAUUAUUCGACGAAAUAUAGAUACUAGUUGUUAUUUAUUUAUUUAUAAUGUGUUUGGCUGUGUAGAACGUUCGCCGAACAGAUGGAGUGAUCACGUAAACAUUUUGCGUCUACAAAAUUAACAGAUUUACACCAUACCAUCAUAAUUAGUAAUUUUUUAUCGAAAUAGAGUUAUAAUAUAUAAGAGUAGAUGUAAAAAGAAUAUUUUUAUCCGUUUAAAAAUGAUCAAGGGCUAAAAUACGUCAACUAAUAGUGUGCAGAUCAGGCUCUUUUAAAACACCAUCUGUUCGGUGAACAAAUUUUAGUCGAAGUAGUAUGUAACAGUAGCAUGUAAAUCUGACUGAACUUUUUUGUGAUUAUUUGUUUACAUGUGUACGUACAUAGGAUAAUUGUUAAAACUCAAGAAAUGAUUUUUAUUUUUGGAAACAAAAUUUGAGACAAUAUACUCUUCUGGUUUGAUUUCGUGA